AAGUGCGGCUCAGUAAGGCGGCGACAAGGACUGAGGAAGGGUGUGUGUCGGGCCUCUCUCUCCUCCUGCACGCCCCUCGGCAACAAGUGUGUGUGUCCGUGCGUGCGUGUGUCUGUGUGUCAGGGAAAACCAGAAUACCCAUGACCUUCAAAGGGAGUCUACGGUGCGAUUAAACCCAUCACUGGACGAAGAGCCUGACGAGGGACGUCAAGACGCCCCAUCCGAGAACCAUGCGGGGCCUGUGGGUGGUGGCGGCGGCGGCGGUUGUGGUGGUGGUGGCGGUGCCUGCAGUGGGGGCGUCCGCCUCUCGGCCUGGCCUCAGCUGGUGCUCCGAGUCUUCCAUUGACAACCUGGCGGUGGACGUCAGCCAGAAGCCUGAGCUGGGGCAGAUCGAAGUGGUGGUGAACAGCUCGUACGCGCUGGACGUGGUGGACAAGGUGUGGGUGAGGAAGCAGGCGCCGUGCGAGGGCAUCACCCAGCCCGAGGUGGUCAUCCUGGACGGGGAAGCGGCGAGACUCGUGCUGCAGGAUGACGACGAGAUCAGCCUCUAUUGGCGGCCCCCCGACACGCUGCCGCUCUUCCAGGAAGUGCAGGAGUUCUGCAUCACCUCCAACCGCGAUAGUCCCGAGGGGCCCUGGAACACUUUUCUUGCCAAGUUCUGUUUCCCCAACGCGCUGCUGCAGACGGAGAAGGACGUACAAUCCUGCUCGGAGAUGACGUGUGUGCGGAAAUGCUGCCCUCAGGGUCAAGCGAUGGCUCCCGGCGCCAUGUGUGCCGCAGAGGAGGAAGGCGACAGUUGGCAUCCCAGCCUGGCGUCCGGGGAGCCCGGCGCGGCGGCCACGACCAUCCACAUGCUGUACGGGCCGCCCAGACUCUGCCACAAUGCGCUGGUCUACCACAACUUUUCCAUCCUGCCCUCGGGGAUGCUGAAGCUGCAGGGCGAACUGAGCACCGACGUGGACGGCUACUGCAUCGACACCUUCCAAGGCAGACCCUUCCAGUCCGUGGCCAUGGUGUGUGAGGAGAAGGUGACGGCGUGGCACUGCGAUUGGAAGUACCUGCUGCUGAAACCGGCGCUGCUGGGCGUGUCGUGCGUGUUUUUGCUGCUCACCUGGCUCGUGUACGUGUCCGUGGCCGAGCUUCGCGCCUCCAACGAGGGCGGCUGCGUCAUCUCCCUCGUCAGCUCGCUCCUCGUCACCUACGCCACACUCAUCGUCCUCAACCUCACCGCCGAAGACUUCGCGUACUUCAGCUGCGUGGUGGCCGGUCGGCUGUGUCACCUGUCCACCCUCGCGGCGUUCUUCUGGAUGAACGUCCUCAGCUUCCACACCUUCAUGCAGCUCAGGUCCAGGCAAGAUCCGGCGUGGGAGAGGCCCCUAGUGUUCCGUCUGUACUCGGUGUACGCGUGGUGCUGCCCCCUGGUGCUGGUGCUGGUGGGCGUGGUGCUGGACGCUGUGGCGGCUGAUGUCAUACGGCCCAACAUCGACACCUCUUGCUGGUUCUACGAUGCCUCCGCCUAUUGGGUCUACCUGUACGGGCCGAUGCUGCUGCUGCUGCUCGUCAACGCCGUCUUCUUCGUGGGCUGCAUCAUGCUCUUGUGCUGUGGCCGAGGCCGACACACCUACGAGCUCUCCGCCGUCCCUCAGCAGACCUGUGGCGCGUGGGUGUGCGUCAGGCUCGUCAUCAUCAUGGGGAUCCUGUGGCUGAUGGAGGUGGCCACGUGGUCCUUCGCCGCCUACUGCAGCAUCCCGGAAUGGAUCUUCGACGUGGUUAACAGCCUUCAGGGAGUCUACAUAUUCCUCGUCACCGUCUGCUGCAGGAGAAACCUCAAGGUGUUUCAUUGUGGAUGUCCUCGACUCGUGCACCGGGGCAAGCACAGGGAGGCGGGUUCCCCCUUCGGCAGCGGAGAAGCGUCGGAGGUGGCUGCAAACCCGCUGGUGCCGGGCUCGUAGUGGUGGAGUCGUGUCCUUUUUCGUAUCUCCUGUAUUACGAUUGUUCACAUUACCAGAAGCGAAAUUUGUUGUUGUUUUAUCACAGUCAAGUUCUUGUAUCCCUUAAAAAUGACUGUAUUGGCCUCAGAGAAAUUGUAGUAAAAUCGUAUCCCCUCUCGCUCGGCUCUUCCGUAAGUAACUCGUUUCCCGUUUUCUGUUACGCUCUUAAAUCCCAUUAGGUGUCAGUUUUGCAGUCUUGUAGUAUGUUAUAUUAUGUAAUCUCUCCUUAAUAUUUACGCUUUUUUAUGUAAUUAGAAUUAAGCGAGUUUCUUGGGCAUGCAACGGAAGUCUUGGGGCCUUGUUACUAAACAUAUCGUCGCCAAAGUUCACCUAUUUGACAAGGCUUUCCUAGGAGUUUGGGGCAUUUCCAGGAGUAGUUUUAUGACCCUGGUGGUAGUCUGACCCUUCUUCCGUACCUAGAACCUGAAGAAACACUCAUUAGAACCCGAUUGAUCCCCUCUUUGACCUUUAGAAAUAGCUCAUGUGAGAAGCGAAAGUGUUUUAUAAUACCAAUCCAAGUCCUCCAGGCCCAUUCGUCGCCAAUACAUUUUUGCAUCUCACUGAGGUUUAUAUUCUCGACAUUUCGGGGCUUCCACACCCACGUUUGACAAGGCUUUCGUAGAGGUUGUUCCGGGUAUUUCCAUGGGUAGUUUAUGCGCCUAGUGAUAGUUCAGAUGUCUGCUGCACACUGAACGUUAAAACACUCGUGAGAACCCGAUCAAUCUCCUUCGUGGCCUUUGAAAAUACUUGUCGUGAGAGGUGGAAGCGUCUGAGAAAACGGAGGCUUCGAAGGGACAAAUUUUGGGGUGUUCCUUCUUUUUUUUUUUUUUUUUUUUUUUUUUUUUUACAACAGAGGAGACAGUGCAAGGGCGUAAAAAAAAAGAAAACAAUAUGUAAAAAAAAAAAAAAAAAAAGCCCGCUACUUACUGCUGGGUUGUGCAGUUUACCGGAGGAUAUUUAGGUUUGAAUACGUUGGGUUAGGUUACAUUAGGUUUUCCAGCGGAGUGUUCACGGAUGGUAUUUGUUCAGCUGUUGAGCCGUCCAGUUGUUCUUCUACAUUCACGAAGGCGAAGUGAACGGCCCUACGGAUGGCAAGGUUUAUUGGUGCUAUAGCCCUUGGUCUUACAUAUAAACCAACGCAACCAAACCUUUCUUCACUGUUCCUUUGUGUGUGUGUGUGUGUGUGUGUGUGUGUGUGUGUGUGUGUGUGUGUGUGUGUGUGUAAAUUACCGUCUUCCACAACAUACUCUUCGCUGCAACAAGACAUUUCUACACAUCCAUAAAUGAUAUCAAUGAUGUAGUUAUGGUUUAGUUCGUAUGAUUUGUCCUUCAUUUGGAGUUUAUUUUUUACACAUACAUAAACAGACUUCCUUUCCUCUGCCUCGCGACUAACAUAUCCCUGAAAGCUCUUUGUUGGAUGUUGCUAAAAUGAAUAGUUAUUAUGGCAGUACACAGACAAUCAUACUGGCUCCCAUCCCCUACUUGAGUGCGUAAUCGUCUACAGCUCUUCAUGAAUUUAUACUCCAUACUGUUAUUGUGAGAUGACGCCAUUUGGCCCCAUCAACAAAACUCUGUUCCUUCACCUUUGUAUCUUCAUGCGUAAAAGUGUUAAGGUUAACAGUAGUUUUUGUACUUUAAUAAAGCUAUAAGCCUCUGC